AUGGCCUCCCCAAAGAAGAAGCUGCAAGGUCUUGUUGCUGCGACCAUCACGCCGAUGACUGAGCACGGAGAAAUCAACUAUUCAGUCAUUGGUCGGUAUGUGGACUAUCUUGUAGAGGAACAGGGAGUGAAGAAUGUCUUUGUGAACGGCACGACGGGAGAAGGCCUGUCUCUGAGCAUCUCGGAGCGCUGCCGGGUCGCGGAGGAGUGGGUAACAAAGGGGAGGAACAAACUGGAUCAGAUAGUAAUUCAUGUGGGAGCCUUGAGCUUGAAGGAGUCACAAGAACUGGCCCAACAUGCAGCAGAAAUAGGAGCCGAUGGCAUCGCUGUCAUUGCACCUUUCUUUCUCAAGCCAUGGAACAAAGAUGUCCUAAUUAAUUUCCUAAAAGAGGUGGCUGCUGCCGCCCCUGCAUUGCCAUUUUACUACUAUCACAUUCCUGCCUUGACCGGGGUGAAGAUUCGUGCUGAGGAGUUGUUGGAUGGGAUUCAGGAUAAGAUCCCCAGCUUCCAAGGGCUGAAAUUCAGUGACACAGAUCUCUUAGACUUCGGGCAGUGUGUGGAUCAGAAUCGCCAGCGACAGUUUGCUUUCCUUUUUGGGGUGGAUGAGCAACUGUUAAGUGCUCUGGUGAUGGGAGCAACUGGAGCGGUGGGCAGUACCUAUAACUACCUGGGAAAAAAGACAAAGCAGAUGUUGGAGGCUUUUGAACGAAAAGACUUCUCUUCAGCUCUGAACCAUCAGUUUUGUAUUCAGAGAUUUAUCAACUUUGUGGUCAAACUAGGUUUUGGAGUGUCGCAGACCAAAGCCAUCAUGACUCUUGUCUCCGGGAUUCCAAUGGGCCCACCCCGUCUUCCACUACAGAAAGCCUCCAGGGAGUUCACUGAUAAUGCAGAAGCUAAACUGAAAAGCCUAGAUUUCCUUUCUUGUACUGAUUUAAAGGAUGGAAAUAUGGACGCUUGCAGUUAG